AUGUCAAAAGUAAAAGUUACUGCGGAAUGGAAGAAAAGAGUGAGAUCGGAGUACAUGAGACUCCGCCAAAUGAAAAGAUACAAGCGUGCUGACGAAGUGAAAAUAGCAUGGAAUCAAAAUCGCAAAGUUAUGACAGAUCUGCUGGUGACAGAGCAAAAGCGCUGGGCAGAUGGCAAAGCAACGUGGUUGGCCAUGCAAGAUGUCCCAGCUCACGUGUCCUGCAUGAAAAAAGCCGAAGUUACAAGCUCUGAAUCAGACAACCAGACUUGCCCGGUUAAAAUCAUCAACGCGGUUACUCCCAUUCCUACUAUGUACACCUGGGCUCCAAUCCAGCAGAACUUCAUGGUGGAAGACGAAACUGUGCUGCAUAAUAUUCCGUACAUGGGCGACGAGAUCCUUGACCAGGAUGGGACGUUCAUCGAGGAACUUAUUAAAAAUUAUGACGGCAAGGUUCACGGUGACAGAGAAUCAGGUUUCAUGGACGACUCAAUAUUCAUUGAUCUUGUCAAAGCAUUGAUUACCUACGAAAAAGAGGACAAAGAACGCGAGCCAACACGUAAAGUUCGCGAUAAAGAGGAUAAAGAUAAGAAAGAAGACGCUCGUGGGGAUAAAACAGAUAUCAAGGAUAUAAAACCUGUGGGACGUUCUCCAACCAUGCAAAUUUUCAAUGCCAUCUCGAGCAUGUUUCCUGACAAAGGAAGUCCAGAUGAGUUAAAAGAAAAAUACAUCGAAUUAACCGAACGCUCUGAUCCAAAUGUACUUCCUCCAGAGUGUACUCCGAACAUUGACGGUAUCAAUGCUAAAAGUGUACCAAGAGAACAAGUCAUGCAUUCAUUCCACACGCUGUUUUGUCGCAGAUGUUUUAAAUAUGAUUGUUUUUUACAUCCAUCCAGGGAAGCAUCACCGCAAGGCUUACAAGUUUGUCACCCGGGACCGAAUCUGCAGAAGAGAAAGGGACCAGAUUUGAAACCAUUCUCCGAGGCGUGUGGAAGCGAGUGUUAUAUGCAUCUCGAGGGAGUGAAGGAAAAAUUAGCGGCUCAGGCUGCUGAUAAUAAGGAUGACGAAGGUGAUGAUAAACGCGGACCUCGGAAAGUGAGGAAACAGGCGAGUGUUGAUUCUGGCAAUGAGGCUAGCAGUGAGGAUAGCAAUGACAGUAAUAAGUACAGUCAGAAUGGAAAUUGUCAAGUUAAAAUUUCGCCAACAGAUUUCAAGCAAAAUGUAAACCACGAAUCUGAAAAAACAGAAAAAACAGAAGAAGAAGAAGAUCAAGCACAACCAGACCACCAGUCACCAUUCAUGCUCCUGGGUCUGGACAAGCGUACAAAGCAAGAGAGUCAAUUUACAUGGACUGGAUCGGAGCAAAGUGUCUUCCGAGCUCUCUACAAAGCAUUCCCCGGUAACCCAUGUGCUCUCGCUCAAAUAAUGUUAACCAAAACUUGCAAAGAGGUUUACGAAUUUGCGCAAAAAGAGGCUCAUGACAUUCCAGCAGUGGAGAGUCUUAAAGACUACACUCCACCGCGCAAGAAGAAGAAGAAGCACCGUCUCUGGUCAAUGCAUUGCAGGAAAAUCCAGCUGAAGAAGGACUCGGGUGCAAACCAUGUUCAUAACUUCGCACCUUGCGACCAUCCCGGUAGGCCUUGUGACAACUCGUGUCCUUGCAUCCAAGCUCAGAAUUUCUGCGAGAAAUUCUGCCAGUGCUCCACCGAGUGCCAGAACAGAUUUCCCGGCUGUCGCUGCAAAGCGCAGUGUAAUACCAAGCAGUGUCCUUGCUAUCUUGCUGUGCGAGAGUGUGAUCCUGAUUUGUGUCAGACUUGCGGAGCUGAUCAGUUCCAAGUCACUCAGAUUUCCUGCAAAAAUGUCAGUGUUCAGCGGGGACUCCACAAGCAUCUUCUGAUGGCGCCGUCGGAUGUAGCAGGCUGGGGAAUUUUCCUCAAGGAGUCGGCUGUUAAGAAUGAGUUUAUCUCGGAAUAUUGCGGAGAAAUUAUCAGCCAAGAUGAAGCUGAUAGAAGGGGAAAGGUCUAUGAUAAAUAUAUGUGCAGCUUUCUCUUCAAUCUUAAUAAUGAUUUUGUGGUGGAUGCAACGCGCAAGGGCAACAAAAUCAGGUUCGCUAAUCACUCGAUCAACCCCAACUGCUACGCGAAGGUAAUGAUGGUUAAUGGUGACCACAGGAUUGGAAUUUUCGCCAAGCGUGCUAUUCAACCCGGCGAAGAAUUAUUCUUCGACUACAGAUACGGACCAACCGAACAGCUUAAAUUCGUCGGAAUUGAGCGAGAAAUGGAGUUCCUAUAUGUGAGAUAUGAGUACAGAAAAAUAAUUAAAUCGCGAGAGCCGAAACAUAUUGAUAAUGUUAAUAUUUUGUGGAAAAAUAAUAAGAACAUAGCGAAAAUAGAGUAUGUCAAUGAAGAUGCUGAAGCACAAAAUUGCUCUAUCGUUGAAUUUUAUCCAGUUAAAGCUAUUCCUUCUUCAUAUUUCUGGACGCCGAUAAAAGAAAACGUCAGAGUAGACGAUGAAGUUGUCCUGAAUAAUCUUCCUUAUAUGGGAGAUGAAGUUUUUAAGGAUGAUGACACUUUUCUUGUUGAUUUACUCGAACACUACCAAGGCAAGGUCCACGGAAAAUCGGGAGCAUUAGAUGACGAUUUAUUUUUAGAACUAGUUAAUUCUUUAAUUAAAUAUGACAAUUGUUCAUUAGAUACCCCGACAAAAAAAUGUAACGCUAUGGUUAAAGUAUCGCGAUUGCCAUCUCCUGAUAUCUUCAAUGCAAUAUCCGCGGUAUUUGUCGAUAAAGGAACACCAGAAGACUUCUUGAAGAAAUAUUUACAUCUGACAGAAGCAUUCGACAUAUCAGCAGCAGAAGCUCCGCCGAAUAUUGAUAGUGUUGACUGCAAAAGUUUGUCAAGAGAAGAAGCGCUGAGUUCUUACCAGAAAUAUUUCUGUCGAAGAUGUUUCAAAUAUAAUUGUCUUCUUCAUCGUACUAAAGACAGUUUGAGCCAAAAUAAAUUAAUAGGACCAAGACUUGAAAUAAUUAAAGAACCUUGCGGUAAAAAUUGCUAUCUUUACAAAGAUGAAUUAAUUUCUUCAGAAAAUCAAUAUAUUGAAAAUAAUAGUAAAGAAGAUUUAGAUAAUCGAAGUACUGACAAUGAAAGAACAGAAAUAAUAGCAGAGAAAGACGUUAAAAUAAACAAACAUACAAAGUUUACAUUAUCAAAGAUUGACGAGAGAAGAGAAAUAUGGACCGGUUCGGAAGAAACUCUUUUCCGCGCAGUUUAUCCAGCAUUCCCAGGGAACCCAUGUGCAGUAGCUCAAAUAAUUCUAACAAAAACAUGUCAAGACGUGUACAAAUUUGCAUUACAAGAAGGCCAUGAUAUUCCUCCCGAGAGAAUAGAGAAACUGAGUCCUCCGCGGGUCGUAAAAACGAAACAACGCGUCUGGCCAAUACGGCGCAGAAAGAAGCUACUGAUGAAAAAUGAAGACAAGAGUUAUUUAUGCGGGUACGAGCCGUGUGAUCAUCUGGAUAAGAAGUGUGACGAUUUGUGUUUGUGCGUUGGCACCCAGAAUUUCUGCGAAAAGUACUGCAAGUGCUCGAGAGAAUGCGAGAAUAGAUAUCCCGGGUGUAAUUGCAAAGCACACUGUAAUACCAAGCAGUGUCCUUGCCUUAUCACGAUGCGUGAAUGCGACCCGGAUUUGUGUCGGACUUGUGGCGCUGACCAGUUUGAUGUCUCCAAGAUGACCUGUAGAAAUGUUGGAGUCCAACGGGGACUGCAUAAGCACCUUCUGCUGGCGCCGUCGGACGUCGCAGGCUGGGGAAUUUUUCUCAAGGACUCCGCGGUCAAGAACGAAUUCAUUUCAGAGUACUGCGGUGAAAUUAUAAGUCAGGAUGAAGCUGAUAGAAGGGGAAAAAUUUAUGAUAAACUUAAGUCCAGUUUUCUCUUUAAUCUUAAUAAUGAUUUUGUGGUGGAUGCAACGCACAGGGGCAACGAAAUGAGGUUCGCUAAUCACUCGAUCAACCCCAACUGCUACGCGAAGAUAAUAAUGGUUAAUGGUGACCACAAGAUUGCAAUUUACGCGAAACGGGCUAUUCAACCAGGCGAAGAAUUAUUCUUAGACUACAGUUAUAGAACAACAGAACAGCUGAAAUUCGUGGGAAUCGAGCGCAAAGAUCAAAAGCCCAAUCAACAAAAUAACUUCAAGGGUUCCAGUCCUUCACUCCCGUCAUAA